GAUGCUAUAGGCUCUCUUGCUACAGAUACACUCCAUGCGGCCAGGACAUCGAAUGAUACGGGAAAAAGAACGGCAUCGUUAAAGAGGGACUUGUGCCCCGUCUUCGUUGCUAGGCCCCGUCCUGUGACACUGGAUCUGCGGCUGCGCAACCAUGGUUGACAUCAACAUGCAUCGCAAUCGUUCAUGCUCGCAGCCCGAGAUCCGCCGGGGAAGCACCUCGUGCGAUCCAGGCCGCGUCUCGCGCCUGUAGUGCACAGCACUAUGCCACACCUGCCUGUCAGCAAUCUGCUCUCCGCAAACUUUGUCCGUCGCAAGCCCGGAUGGACAGGCUCACGAUCUUCCCGCCCUCGCGUCGAUUCGAGAGGCCUGGUUCGAAGGAGGGGGUGGAUGGAGACUUGCUGGUGGGUUUCCUCGACUUUCUCCUCCGUGCCUAGUCAACCCCGCAAGAUAGCAUCAUUCCAUCACGACAUCGACCGGGCCAGCUCUUCUUCAGCGACCAGGGGGGUUCCUACACUAGGACAGAACCCAUGUAAUCGUCCAGUAUCCACCACGGACUUAUGGAGAACAAGAGCCACGUCAACCAAGAAAAAUAGAGAAUUGGUAGAGCUCCGUCUCGAAAACAUCCCGGCCCAAGAGGGGAGCGAGCCCACUCGCGCUUCUUGGCUCGCUGUAACCUCAGCGCGCACUAUUAUGCAGGUUCAAGAGGCUCGGAACCAACAAUGGCAUAGGCAAUCCGACCCUCAAGAGGUCAUCAGCAAUCCCUCGAUCCACACAAGCGAUCUUCGGUCUUUGCGAGCCGUUGAAGAAUUUCAUGUCGCCGCAAGGGUGCUUUGCUAAUUGCACGAUGCCAUGUCAAAGUACAAUGGCGAGAUCAUCUGAUGUUGUCCAAUGAGCUUUACUAUUGCUGCAAGGUCUGUCCGGGCAACAGAGAGCACAAUGCAACAACGAGUCUUCACACAAAACGCAAAGGUGACAAACCUCCUCAUUGGGAAACGCGAUAUCACGUACAAAAGAA